UUUCGUGCGGCAGACAAGCGGAAGUGAAGUCAGCUGACCUAUGAGCUGACCAAUCAGCUUUACGGAAAAUGUCAUGCGCGCAGCCCGGUCUGGUAGAGAGUGGAGGGCACUGUGUGUGAAGGUUAGCAAGCUAGCUAACUUCAGCCACACCAGUCAGUAGUUGAUACAUGAAGUGCAACGUUUCGUAACAUUUAUCUGAUUGAAACAUUAAUUUUUGUUCGCUAACGGGCUACGUCAAGCCUCCCUGUCAGACUGCGCCAUGGCCAGCCUGUCCAAUUACGCAGUUCGCAUGGCCAGGCUUAGUGCGCGGAUCUUCGGGGAUGUUGUGCGUCCAACAGACUCAAAGUCCAUGAAGGUGGUCCAACUCUUCAAGGAGCCUCCAAUGGCCCAGAGGAAGGAGGUGUACGACUGGUACCCACAGCACAAAAUCUACUAUGCCAUGACCCAGAAGCUGAGGUUCAUGGGGCUGUUCAGAGAUGAGCAUGAAGACUUCAAGGAAGAGAUGCGUCGCUUGAGAAAACUGAGAGGCAAAGGGAAACCAAAGAAAGGCGAAGGGAAACGUGCAACCAAGAAAAAAUAACCUGGACAACAUUUCUACCGCCUGGACCUUCACACAAGACUUUAGUUUCUUUAUUCUGUGGCUGGACAGAGCGUUGGACUGUGGCAGCUAGCCAUUCGCACUGUGGAGUAGAGGACAUUCCUAUGAAUGAAGCGAAAUCAAUCAAGUGCUGACUCAGCUGACCUUCCAGCCCCACUGCUGACAGAUGUGAACAGCCUGUUUGGCUAUUAGGGGAAUACAUGGAGCUGAUGUUUUAUUAAAUAUCAUGUCAGUCAGUGUUGUCCACCCUCAAUGUGAUGGAGGUUCCUCACAGACAACAGCUACAUAACAGCACGGCAAAACUCACAUUAUUUGAUUUUACUGACACCUGUUCUUUAUUUGUUUAAUUGUUCAAUUAUGGCUGUUUCCCCUAAAUUAUUUGUUCAAUAAAUUCUCACACAGUCUCUCUACCACUGAGUGGUUGGAGUUGUCACUCUGCCUUGAUCAGCUGCUAACCAUCAAAGAUCAUCAAAGACCAUCAAAGACCUUGUUAGUCUGAGUUCCAAGACUACCAGUAUUGGGGGAAACACUUGGAAGUUCUGAUGUGAAAAUAGUCAUAUUUAAAGAUAUUUAAUAUUCACUCAAAAUGUUGGCAAUAUUUGCCAUUAUCAGCCUUCAAAAACAUCAGUAUCAGUAUAGUGUCUAUACAGAGGUGUGUCUUUGCUGUUUGAUGCUGUCACACUCACACCUGUUGUAAUGCUGAAUAACAACAAACCAUGUUUCCUGUGUUGCAUGUUUUAAAAAAUAAAAUAAGUGAUUAUGACAAA